AUGCGAUCAUCUCCUCUUCUCCGACAGGCCUCACCCUCAUCGGCUGCAGCGCUGGGGAAAGGCAGUCGGAGAGUCAACACACCGACACCGUCCAGACUGGCCGGCGCUCAUGCCGCGAUGCUCGCCAUGCAGCACGGACGGCUAUUCACUCCACACGCCUACUUAUCUGAAUCCUCAUCAUUAUCUUCUUCAUUAUCAUCAUCAUGGACUUCUUCCUCAACUAUGGCGGCUGCGGCUGCACCAUCAUUGCGUAGAAAAAGACGGUAUGAACCACAUGCAUGGAUUCUUCAACGAUACAUUGAACGUGGAGCGGUGGAUAUGGAUUUACUUCUAUUCCAUCCAGAUGCCCCAUCGCCAGUAGAGCUGCUAUUACGAGUAAUGCGGCAUCGAACCCCAUGUGCUCGGCUCACAGUAUAUGCACUGCAGGCAGCAUUACGUCAGCCACGACUGACUUCUUCAGCAGGCGCGGCGUCUUUUGCACUACAGACAGUAAGUUCACUACUACGUCGACGGUGUCCACAUCUCUAUGAGACACAAGAGGUGCGAGUGUUGUUGUGUCAAUUACUGCUGGCGGAACGGCUUUUUAGUGAUGCUGUGGAGAUAUUGCAAGGGAUGCCGGAUGCGUGGAUUACACCAGGGCUUUGGGUUGCAGCCGUAGAGGCUGCCGCAGAGGGGAAAAUCGCCCACUCUACACUUCUCUGGCGAUUACUAACAUUAGCUCCACCCAAGACACCAACUGCUGGACGUGUAGUACAAACAGGUCAGCGUAUUCCAGUUCAUCUUCGUAGAGGGGAAUUCAUGACGGGAAUAGAAGGAGGAAAAGGAAAAGGUAUGGGACAUGUAACACAUCAGACGAUGAUGGGAACUGCUGUUAAUGAGAAUAGUAGUAAUGUCGAUGGUAGUAGUAGUGAUAGUAAUAGUAGUACGGAUUAUAGUAUUAAUCAUAGCAGUCAUAAUGGUAGGGGUAUUAGAAGCAAUAGUAUUAGCAACGGUAUGGAUAAUGAUGAGGAUGAUGAUGGUAAUAUGAAUAGCAAUAUGAGUACAAGUAGUAAUCGUAGUGGUAGUAAUAAUAAUAAUAAUAGUAGUAGUAGUAUCGGUAGUGGUGUUAUAAUUUCUGAAUUUGAAGUUCGACCAACUUCUUUACUGCGAUUAGUUCAGGAAACGGGACAAUUGGAAUGGUGUAAACUUAGUACUCUUGAGGUAAGCUAUGCACAACAACACUAUUCAACAUUGUGUGAUCAUCGUGCAUGGGGGAUGGGAACAUUGUAUGCAAAGGAUGUAGAAUCAUCCACAGAAGGUAUUGUUUAUGGUCUUGAUGAGAAGUUGGCUUCACGACUCAUGCUCCGUGCGAAUGUAUCAUUCUCAGGUCAGGCUUCUCCAUUAAUUGCUUUGCAUAUUCUUCGUCGUUAUUUACGAACGUGUCAUGCUUUGCAAAAACAAGUAAUUUCAAUAGAAGGUACUAGUAAUGUAAAUGCUGCAGAUAACCUUCGUAAAGGGUCACCAACCGUACAACAUUCUAAAGAUAAGCAUAAGAACAAACAUCCACUAUUGCCAUCAUCAUCAUCAUCAUCAUCAUCAUCUGAUACACUGAUGCAUAAGGGUAACGAAUCCACACUUCUUAAAGGUUCUCAAGUCCACCCUUCCCCUUUCUUACUAUUUUUUAAAAUUGUUCGAGAGGCUCGUGAUGUGGUGGGAGUCAAUAGUAGUAGUAAUAUCACUGAACAACAACAACAACAUGUUGCCGUGUUUGGACAACCACACCCCACCACUCCCAGUGGACUCCCAAUGAUUCACUGGGGUGUUGUCUGGCAUUUCUUCCAGAGAUUAAACCGCGAGUGUCCAUCGUGGUAUACAAUUAUCCCUGAAGAGGCCGGGGAUCUCAGUCGGUAUGUCAUUGAUGCCCUUUGCCGAGGGGCGGAUCCAUGGAUGACACUUAACGUGGCCCGUGCCGUCUCUGCUCGUCACGUUGUGGAUGGAUUGGAUAUUUCUCUCUGGUUACUACACCGUUUAGAUGCCUCUCAUCACACAGAAGAGGCACGAGAGGUGACACGAAAAGUAUUUCGUUGGUUAUUAGUGGAUGUUGGUAUUCAUCUAUUACCACAAUUACAUCAUCACCUGACGCCUGCAGCUCGUGUGCUUAUUCGUCUUGGUUUAUAUGAUGAACUACAACACUUUUAUAAUGCGGUAUUGGAUAAUGUGUAUGCCUUUGCAGAGGAUUUUCGUACAGAGUUUAUGCAUGUAAUGGCAGAUUUGGUAUGUCCAUCCUGUAGUUCACUUUUACCAACUCAGAAUGUCUUUGUAGAACGAUCUUGUCCAUUGUGUUUAACCAUUAUACCACCUAAAAACGCACGUGAACUUCCGAGUUUUCAGUUAUCAAGUGAACAUAUUAAUCGUCUACGUGAGAGGCGUAAAACAUUACGUCUUAAAGAUAGACAACGACUUCAUGAACGUAUUUAUCGCUGGUCCAAACGUGGAGAUGAUAGAAGUGAUACUACUCUACCACUAGAGAUGAAAACCCCAGAGUUAACAGGAGGAACCACAAUAUCUUCUUCUUCUUCACCAACAUCAUCAUCAUUUUCUUCUCGACCUCCAUUAGAUGCUAGCAGCGUUUUCAAACAUGUGGUACUUGGUGAUACUAAACCACUGAUUCCUGGUGUUUCCGUAGAAAAAGAAAUUAAAUUCUUUUUACUAGAAGGGGAUAAAGAUAAGAAUGAUAGCAGUAUGAGUAACCAAAUGAGUAAUGAUAUAGAUAGUAAGAAGGAUUCUUUUGAUGUUCAUGCAGCCAUGGAAGAAUCAUCUAGACGUUUACAACUACAAGAAGCGGCCAGACAAUAUGCUUUAGCACAACGUGGUGUCUCAUUAUCUUCAGCACGACAACUCGCAGCAUUACCUUCUCUCAUUUCAUCUACUACACAUCACAUGGAAUUUCCACGAUGGAAACAACGACAUCAGCAACUACAUCCAUAUCAAGAUGGACAACAAACACUUCUACUUGGACACUUGCGUGUGGAUGGUCCAUGGACAUGUGUGUGGUGUCAGGAACAGAAUUCCGAGUGGAGUUCACGUGUUCAAUGUUCAGCCUGUGGAGCUGAAACUGGUCCAUCCGCACCAUGGAGACACUUCGCAUAUAGUGAAACAGGUGAUGUAAUGGUAGAGAUACGUGGACGUAUUGCAAACGCAGAGGAACGUCCUGUAGAUGCGGUGGUGGCUGCGUAUUUACUUAUGGUGUACAGACGAGCCUUUUUACUGCGGGCUAUACCACAUGAUCAUGAACGUAUUGAUCAACUUAUUCGUCGUCUUUGCACAUUACAUGAACGUGUCUUGGCAGGUUAUAUCUAUAUACGAUUUGUUCCUCCACAACGUCGUUGUAAAGGUCCGACAUUGUUUGCAUUGGCACAAUUAUUUGGAAGUACAGAGUCGGCAUGUAUGAGUCUUUCAGCACGAGAAUUAAUGCAAGAUGAAAAAUUUUUUGAAACUGUUUUUACUCCAGCUACAUGCAAAGUAUGUUUUGGUUUACAUGCAUGGAAAAUGUGUCCUAUUAUAACACGAGACUUUUCUACAGCUACACGUACUUCUAUUAAUAUGACCACAGAGGAGAAACAACGUGCCAUGUUGGAGCAAUUACGAAAUGCAGUGGGUGAAGCUAUUCAACAUGGGAGUGAAAAUAGUCGUCUUGUAGUAGAAGCUUAUACAACUUUUGUAAAAUCUCCACAUCGUGAACUCUUUGCACAGGUACACUGCCGUGAUGUAAAUCAUCUUUCUAUAUUACUUUCUCGAUAUCAUCAAUACCGACGUGCGGCUUUUGUGCUAUGUCAUAUCCCAUUACACUUACGGGAUGAUCAAGCAUAUUUAGUAAUGGUACAUUACUUUAAUGUACCUGUAGAGGAGGCUCAAGAAUUAUUACAAAAGCGAAGUCCACUUGGUGUAGAAGAUGAAACACAUCCAAAUUUUGUCCAAGUGGCCCUUACUUGUUGUAUGUGUCUUGAUGGGCGACACGCUUCAUUUGAAUGUCCACGUUUAACACAAUGGUUAAAUGAAGUAGAUGCACACAAUGCAAUGAUAAGUACUUCUUCAUCUUCUUCCAAUAAUAUUUCUUCUACUGGUAGUAAUGCUCUUAGUGACCCAGCGUGGGAGCAACAACAGGCAAGAAGAUUGCGGGCUCAAGUAGAUGGUUGGACUUCUGCGGGUCCUGAAAGAUUACAUGCGUUUUACCGAUUUUUACUGCAACAUGUUGAUACAUUUCAAGAAGAAAUUCUAUCAGAAAGUAGUAUUGAUGUAGAUGAUGAGAAAGAUUUUAAUUCUACUACCUCAACUGAAAGAAAGGUAAUCGGGUCUGUAGGAGGAACAGCGAGAGGAACCACAGUUCGAAGACCACAAAGACGAAUGGACGUAAAUGAUCCUAUUAUUUAUGCUCUUAACAAGACUAUUAUAAAACUUGCGGAAGUAGGACACGAAAAAGGAGCUUAUAGACUAUAUGCUAGAGCUCCUGUGUCGUUUAUUUCACGUCUUACUACCAGUUCCAUGUUGCGUAUGAAUCGUUUCUCUGAGGAAAGUAUCCGCACACUCUUAAAUAGUAGUGGUAGUAGUAGUAGUAGUAAUAAUGGUCGUGAUACUCUUAAUUCCUCUUCCUCUUCUUCUGCUGCUGCUGUUGCUGCUGUGGACGAUGCACGAGCGUUGGGUUUGUCUAGUGAGGCUGCCCGUGCGGCGGCUGUUCCCCUACGCGGCCUCUGCCUGCUGUGCUUUGACCGCCGUCACGCCUAUCUCGACUGCCCGGAGCUCGCGGCGCAGUCCAGCACGGCGGCGAGACUCGAAUACGUGGCGGUGCACGUUGGCGGGAUUCGCUGCGGGGCCGAUGGGGUGCGGGCGGCGGCGGCGUACGUGUACCACACUUACAACCACGGCGGCCUCACCGGCGAGUGGCUGCGGGGGUCGUCGACGGUCGGACGGGCGCUGCGACUUCUCGCCGGCCGCUGUUUUGCCGCCGGCCUCCCCGCCCCCGGCGCCCGCGUCCUCCGCCGCCUGCCGCCCUCCACCGCCCCCGACGCCGCGGCGGGGCUCUCGAAUGAGGCCCUUCAUGCCGCUCUCUGGCGGGCGGCGGGGCUCCCGGCGGGGGUCAUCGCCAGCCGGCGACUGCAGCUGCGGGCGGCCUACGCGGCGGAGGGGGUCACAGACGAGCAGACAGACCCAGACACACCCCGUCCAACGUACUCCAACCGCUUUCUCGCACAGGUGAGCCACAUUCUACAUGAUGAUCUUUGUCGACACUGCUACCAGCAUGGACACACACUCGCUACAUGUGGUGUCUUUCACGCUGAGGUGAGCUUUGGUCGGGAUUAUGUCGCCGCUUAUCGUAUGAGUAUGAUGUCGGAGCAAUUGGAUCGUGAUUGGCAGGAUGCAUAUUUGUUAAAACUAGCAGAUUUCUUUCAAACACACAGGCUUUUUAUGCCCUAUCACAUUGUUGGAGUUACGAAUGCGCUGAAUGCUAUUGCAGCAAUGUGGAGUUUCCGUGGAGAACCAGGAAUUGCCAUGCGGCACUUACUUACAAUUCCACCAGCUUACCGUCGUCGACAGGCGUUUAAACAUAUCCUUCACGCACUACACAUACCAACAGCGGAGAUAUCACGUGUACUCGCCAAUGUAUACUUCUCUCCAGAUGAAUUGUUAUCAUCAUCAUCAUCAUCAAAUAAACGGCGAGGGGAUUCUAGCGAAGGAUCUUCUUCAACUAAUACCACUAAUAGUACUGUUAGUAGUAAUAACAAUGGAAAUGUUAGUAAUAGUGGAGGUGCGGUGGCGCAGCAUUUAUUAAUGCCUAAACCAGCUAUUCGUGAUGUAGCCAUGACAUCAGUAUUUAAUCAUUUCCCUGAGGCAUUAGCGGCUUUGGAGAAGAGUGAGGAACGUAUGAUGGCAAUCCGACGACGUAACGCCACACAAAAAUCAAUAACUGACAAUCGAGGCAGAAAUCAUCUCUCUAUAAAGGAUGGAUCAGUAAACCAGACUACGUUUUCCACAGAAACAUCAUCAUCAUCAUCAAGUUCAGGGAACACACCAUCACCUGCAAUACGAGUAAUGCAGAGUGGAGAUAUUUUAACACUCCGAGAAGAUUUUGAUCCGAUACUAACAGAGUUAGAGAUGGCAGUGGGAAUGAAACUAGGCAGUCGACACGUACUUUUUACAAGUGCGGUUGAUAUUCUUUCAGCGGCCGCUAACAAAAAAGAUGACUCAAAGGAAGAUGAUCACGCUUCUUCUUCUUCAUCGUCAUCAGUACCAUCGACACCACCAGUUACAGUAACAACAACCAUAUCAGAGUCUUCACAAUCAUCAUCAUCAUCAUCGACACAGUCUAUUGUAAAAGAAACUUCAACUGCCAAGAAUGCAGAAAUGCAAACUCGUUCAUCUCAACCACAGGUAUCUGAUGAGGACACAAUUAUCACCGUUUUCACAGAAGAGUCUGGACGAGAUGAACGGAAAAAGACAAGUAAACGUGGCAACAACAGUAACACUCGCUCUUCUUCUUCUUCUUGGUCUACAGAGAAGAGAGAAACAUCUAAUGAUUCUCCAAGGCGUCAACAACAUGGAACACAACAUCAACAUCAUCAUCACCAUUACUCUCAGAAACCGCGUUAUCACGAACGUCAGCAUCGUCAGCGUAAUCAAGAGCAACAACAACAACAACAUCGUCGAGGUCAGAGAAGUGGUGGUGGAAACGGCAGGAGGUAA